GCCAUUCUCUACCUGUCAUGGGUUCCACUGCUCAGUCAAUUGCCACUGGCAGUCAAGACUUUGCCGCCCUCGCUGGCUUGUUUUGCACCGACGGCGUUGAGAGAAACCUGCUUGCGGCCCAGUACGGAUAUGCUUCCGUUGCUGCUUCGUCACUUUCCAUUUUGGGAUUACUUGGGCUCGUCAAGAGCACUGUCAAGGUUGCUAUGGGUUUGGAGAAAUGUGUCACAGCUGGUUUCACGGUAGACUCAUUACGAGGAAGAUUCGGUUUCCUUCUCGAUGAAACUGCCCCAAUUGACCUGGUCGAAUGCGACGUGGUCGAAGUAUCCCUCUGGAAUAAGUACUAUCACAUCAAGAAAUCGAAGCAAUACCUCCAAAAGGAACGAAAUCCCAUUGUGGUUGUCGGAAGCGACUGGCCAGGUGGACUCCAUGGCAUCACCGCCGUCAAUCUCGGAAACGCCAGACGGGAACGGGCCUUCAUACGACAUCCACUUGUCAUCGCCAUGCUUGCCUUGGUUUGCUCGGGAGCAACAGCAUGGCUUCUACUGAUAGUUAGCACCGAGCGAAGCUGGGUGACAACCGUUGCGGUUCCCGGCCUGCACGCGAGCCUACUCCUGAUGCUAGCCAUACCACUUCUUCACGAUCACCAGACGAAUCGGCCGGCCAGACAUAUCAGCGCCGCCAAGUACAAAGCCCUCUUUACUGGUAUGGACGACAUUGCAACCCGGCUACGAUUCCUCCAAUCCCGCGUCAACGGAGGAGAUGUGCUUCACUUCCGCGGCAGCACUGCACUGGUGGAUCCUGGCUUUAUGCCGGUGCCAGCAAUAAUCCUAUCGGCCUUCUGCGCUGUCGCAUAUAUUUGCCAGUAUGCAGUUCUCAAGGAGGCUUCAAGCACGAGAGCUUUCCUAUGGAUAGGCGCGCAAGCAGCACUCGCACUAAUUCGUGUUGGGCUGUGGGCUUGGAAUCCUUCUUUCGACGACCCAAGAACCGAGCAGACCGAGUUCGCCCUCGUCAAAAACGAUGCCUCCGAAUCAAUCACCUUCGCUGAGCUCGUUUGUGCAUCCUCUAGUACAGAAUUCAAGCUGGAGGAAAAGUUCUGGAAGUUUCUUGCUUCUAACGACAUAUACAACAUACUGAGAUACGCAUUGGAGUUCGAGUGGGAGCACAGCUUUACCCCGAUUGACAUCAUCUCCCUUCUCUUCAUGGAUCUUGGGCGCAUACUAAGAAACAGAGUAUCAUCGGAAGAGGAGAAGAAAGAGCUUGAUGCCAUCCUCAACGGCCUCCCAUUGCGAAUCGGGUUAUACAUCAACAACAAGAAUUACGUGCGCCCCUUCAUCAUGACGGAAACUUCCUACACGUUGGUUCCAUCCGAGUACAGCUAUGCGUUGACGACAAGAUGGUGCUGGGUGCAAGUUACUAGAGAGGACGAUAAAUACGGGUUUUCUCCCUGUCGCGGCUUCGCGGUCAAAGAGGAUGGCGACCAGGUCCAUCUUCGUGGACCCUCAGACUGCCACCGACAGUGUACGCACGAUGCAGAAUUAGUUCCCGGUCUAGUAUCGUGCCGUAAAGGAUGUCCGUUUAAGAAGUCCACACAAAACCACCUCGACCACGAUGAUCUCAAAAGCCUCGCGGACAAGAUGAAGCGUAUCGCUAGGCUCCAAGCAUAUCUCGAAAAGAAGAACUCGUCUCCCAGCUCACCUGGCCGACCCGACGUAUACCUUACUGCCACCCCAGGAACAACAACACGCAAGGGCCUCUACUGUGAUCCAGCGCACCGCCACGGUGGCACACUCAGCGACAAAGGCUUCGACUUCGUUAGCGGUCUUGCGAGUAUCGCAAACUAUAUCGACCACGGAUUUGCAGAGCAGCAACGCGAGAAGCACUCUAUUAAGGAUAUUGGACUGGAUUCGUGGAACUCUUUCACAGACUCACUCCGCCUUCCAAGUCGCCUUGAAAGUCAUAGGGAACACCUUCGUGACUAUUCCGUGUCGUCCCUCGAUAGUUCUCUCUGGAAAGCCGAAAUUGGCUCCAUUGCCAAGCCGUCUACUUCCAUACCUCCUGGUCUAAGGACUGCUUCUCCGUUCCAUUUUGUUUGAGCGGGAUGCUCCUACAUAUGGAGGCUUGAGUGAUGCAGUAGCCAUUGAAGCCCGACGCAACUGUGCGAUAAAGUUUCCAAGCUCUUCAUUUAUUUCGAACCCACCUUUCGGUUUAUUCCUCAUCCGCACGAUCUGGUCGGUUAUCCUCUGUAGCAUAUGGGCGGCCUCUCUGCGUUAAGGUUGAAAAUGUCAGACGGUUAAUUUUGUAUCUACUUGUACAAUUAUCAAACCGGGCGUGGGCCUCCAGGUAAUAAUUUUCCCACGACAC